UUGAGAUAAACGCGGUAGUAUUAGCUUCCCGGGUUGAUUUCGAGCAAUACUGAAGCGUGUUGCGAAAGAAGCUGGCACACUAUCAGCAUAUCACGUGUUGUAUAUGAAUUUAAAAUGCGCACAAACGGAAGAAGUAAAAAAAUAGCAUGUCAUUAGUUCAAAUGGGCGAUCGAGAUCCAUCAUUAAUAAUAUAUUAGUGUGACUUUUUACGCGAGCAUUUGCAUUGAAGAGGAGUUUUUGAAGCUUGGGUUCGUAUGUACAGUUGGUUGUCAUUGCUUGAAUUGCAAGGUUAUCAUGAGUGUUGACACACAGAGAAGCUGAACAAAUACCCAAAUGAUUUUCUUGUCGUCUUCGAAUUUCGCGAUGGAUCAAAGCUUCAAGAAGAUGACACGCUCAAAUUUUGUGAGCUUUUCAACGCUGUUUUGUGCCGUUUUGAUUUUCAAUAAAGCUGCUUCAUCGCUAGCGGUAACGACUGGGUAUGUAGCCGUGGAUCACAAGGGUGAUGUAUCAGCUGAUGGCCACGUUCUUCAAAGUCAGUUUAGCAAUUGGAAAAAUGCUGAACGUGUUGAACUGCCAAAAAAUACGCACAGCGUGGUUAUUAGAGUAAAGAAGAAAAAAAACGACAAUGGUGGCAUCCUUGCGUCCUUUGACAGUGGUUUGGUUACGAAUUCUUUGUGGGGUUGUACCAAUAAUUUUUUAAUGGAGCACCCGUGGUCUCCAGCCUAUGUAGUGGCACUCAAUGAUGGAGGAAGCAGUCAGUGGAAUAAAGUGGUUGGAAAUAUUAGCCCGAAUGCGGCGUGGAUUUGGACGGCAAAUGAGAACGAUGAAGAAGUUUGGUGUCGGAAAUAUCUCGGGGAAACUUCGUCUCCCAGCCAUACGCCAACCAUUAAUGCGAUUGAAUCAAGCACCAUCCAGGCUGACGCCAAAUCAAGCAACAUUAAUGCCACACCAAUCGUCACCAUUGCACAAUCGAGCACUAUUAAUAUCAAAUCAAGCACUAUCGAUGUCAUGAUCAAAUCAAACACUAAUAUUGUGAAAUCAAACACCACUAUUGAUGCCAAGUCUAGCACCAUCAUCAGUGCCACACCAACCAUUAAAUGCACCAUGAUAACACCAGCAAGCUCAUCAUUGGCGACAGCGGUACUAACACCACCAUUGACGACGAAUUCUCCACGAAAGGAAAAUGUGACAUGCAUAACAACCAUCUUAACGAUGCCAACACCAAGUCCUGGUUCAUCUUCACGUGCUGAAGCCUUUCCAACAACUACUUCUUCAUCGACCAAAGCUUCGAAUACGGAAAGUGAAAUAGCUACGAAACUAAAUGCGGCACUUUUGAAGAUCAAUAAUAGUGAACCAAAAGCUUUUGAGAAAAUCGUCAACGUAACUGUAAAAAUUCUCAAGGAAGUGAAGUCUAAUGUUACCAACGAUUCACUAGUGAUUGUCGCGCCUUUACUGGAAAAAAAAUUGGUGGAAUAUGCCGUUGCAAAUAAAAAGAAACUAUCUAUUAAUGGAUCUAUUGACGAAAAAAACGAUGAAUUCGACAUAUUACUGAUGGAUGUUGAACGUGAGAACAAGUCCACUAUUAUGUUCCCUGAGCCGGAAAAUGAAUCGACCCUGAAUAACGAUAUUCCAGAUUUCAUUGUCGUUCCGGUGGAUUUGUCUUCCACAGAGAAGCCAGUCUUUGUGGGGAUUCUGUUUCAUGAUCUGAGCAACAAUGAUGGUUAUGUUCCUGUAAGCGAUCAAAAGGACUCAACUAAACACAAGUUGGCAUCGAAGAUCAUUUCAGCCACAAUUGAUCCAAAACCAACAGGGAAUAUGGAUAACAUCAAUUUCACACUAACUCAUCGCAACAAAGCGUACCCUAACUAUGAUUGUGCCUUUGUGAAUGAAUCAAAUGGAAAUUUCUCGAUGCAUGGUUGUAGUUUGAACACGACGAAAGCAAACCGCACACAAUGCACAUGUAACCACACGACCAGCUUUGCUGUUCUAAUUAAAAUUGAUGACAAAUCAAACGCUAUUGAAGACUCGCAUCGCAAGGCACUCUCUCUAAUUACGUACAUUGGCGUUACCUUAUCCUUGAUUGGAGAAACAUUGACGGUCGGAAGUUAUGUGCUACUUAUUGGUUUGAAUACGGAACAAGCUCACUUGCAUACAAAUUUGGCUUUAUCAUUGGGUGUGGCACAGAUCUUCUUCUUAGCAGGAAUGAACGCCUCGACAAAUCAGGUCGCUUGUCUCCUGGUCACAGCGCUACUUCACUAUUUUUAUUUGGCAACAUUUUGCUGGAUGCUGGUAGAGGGAUUUCACCUUUAUCUCAUGGUGGUCAAAGUUUUUACCGAGAGCAGCUACCUGCGCCAAUACUACCUGUUUUCCUGGAUCACACCGUUGAUUAUUGUUGGCUUGGCGCUUAUUGCUGCGGCCGCUUCUCCAAAUGGCGUCGGCAAUUACAUUAAUGAUGGGGACAUUUGUUGGAUAUCACAAGAGAACAACUACAUCUGGUUUUUCGUCGGACCUGUUCUACUUGUUUGUCUGGCAAAUCUUGUGUUGUUGGUUCUUGUUGUGCAAGAGAUGACACGAAUGGGCAAGACAAAAGGUGGUGGACCCUCGUUGCAACUCAGAAAAUCUGUCAAGGCUUGCCUCCUUUUGUUUCCAAUUCUCGGAACCUCUUGGCUGUUCUGUGUUAUUCUAAUGCUCGACUAUUCGUUGGUUGUGGAAUAUAUAUUCAAUAUUUUGAACUCACUUCAGGGAUUUUUCAUAUUCUUAUUUUAUGUUCUGCGAAGCUCUGAGAUCCGUAAUGUCCUGCAACAGCGGAAGGCGCGCUGGGCGACCUCAUUGGAUUUGACAAACCAUCCAUCGACCUUCCAAAAGACCACAACGGCAACAAAGAAGUCCCAUCCCACAUCUGCUAGUUCUAUCAAACCAAUCAUAGGCAGCUGGAUCUCGCCUUCGCCUAACCUGAGAAGAACACCCAGCCCAGUCCUUACACGAAGCUCGCAGUGCUCCGCCAGCCUGCGAAGUACACCCAGCCCGCGUAAUUCACCCACCCCGGAAGAAUCCCCAAGAUCUCUUAAAAAAUCUGGAGUGCUAACAACCCCAGACCACUCCAACUCAGGCGAUCUGUUCGUAAGUGCGCGACGCACGUUGAGCGCACGUAGCAUCAAAGUCGCCCCUCAAUUGAAUGUUGAGGAAAUAGAAACGUCGACCUGAAAGCGAUUUCGCCUAAUUUCGAAUUUUUUUCAUCAUUUUAAAUAGCAUUAGAAAAAUACACAGGAUUUGGGCAAUGGAAUUUGAGAUGGUUUAUUCAGAGAAAUGAGUUUUUCAAACUUCAAUUUCAAUGUCCCGUGCAUUGGAAUGGAAAUAUGAGAAAUGACGCGAUUUUCAUGUUCAGAGUCGAACGUUUUUUUCAAGUAUUCAUUGCCCAUGUCCUUGAAUUUGUUAAUAGAGAUUAGUUCAAGAUAUACACUUGCACGCUACAACAUUUCCCUUCUAUGACGCAAAAUCAGCUGUUUUUUAGUGAUGAAAUCUCGUAGAGAUUGUAGUCUGUUUAGUGUUUACAAGAACGAGUCACCCAGAAUGUCUCAUAGCAUGGUGUCGUUUUCCUAAAGUAGGAAUUCUUAAAUUAAUGUUUCCUGAAAUCGUGGGCAAAGCCUUGUCGUAUUUGAAAGGCGAUUCCCCAAUACAUCCGCUCCGCGUUUUGUUUCUCAGGCCCGUCACGGUCGCAUGGGCAGAUCUUAAAAAGCCGCUUCGCCCGCGCGGGUUAAGCGGACGGUAAUGGAGGAUCGCCUUAAAUUACUCAACCCCAACUGUUCAGAUGAAGCCCUGUUUACACUACACGUAAUUUAUUGGCACGACAGGGCUAAAAUUGUUACCCUUAUUCUACCAACUCCAAAGGCCAAGCACGGAUGAAAUUCGAAACGGGUACCAUGACGAAUGCUGAUGUAGUGCUUCCUGAAAUCGUAGAAAGCGAUGUCGUUUUUGGCGCGACUGGGCUGAAAUUUUUACCCUCAAUUAACCAAUAUAAAGGCAAAGCACGGAUGAAAUUGGGAAAGGAUAUUCAUUUUAGCCUCAGCGUGCCAAUAGGUUUAGAGUUGUGUAAACGGGGCUUGUGUCUACUGCAGCCGUUACCAAGCCUACUUAAAUCUCUCCAAAGUCAGUGAGGGAUUUUUCACAAGCUUAAAAAGAAAUAUAUGCUCUCCUUCUAUCCGCGAGCGAGCCCCGAAUUAUUUCAUAAAUGUUGCAAUAAUCGACUUCCUGCUGAGUAUUUUGCAAUAGGUCAAACGUGCAAUUGAUAUUUGUUUGACAAUACCAUCCUGCAACCAGUUUGAAUUGUGUUAAUUUUUCAUUGUGAGACAUCAGACGGAUAUUUAUUAAUUCCUGAAGCUUUUGCUUCAUUUAAUACAACAGGCAAAAAACACAUUUACCAGCUUGUAAUAUAGGAGAUUGUAAGAUAGACGAAGACAGUCCAAUAUAUAUUUAACGCAUCAACGCUGAUCUUUGAAGUUCAGCGAAGAGUGCACUGUAGAAAUAUUCAUUCACAUUAUUUAUUAAGAAAUAAAAUGCACGUUUUAGAUCGCUUGUUUAUCGCUGUAAGACCAAGGGUUUGGCUAUACGCUAUCGAUU